CAAACAAGAUGAGUCUGCUCAGUUGGACACCCCAACCAAAGACCCAGAAGCACUUCCACCUCAAGGUCCUUGUCCCUGUGUUAAGGGCCAAAAAGGUGAAAAGGGAGGUGGUUUUGGUCUUGGAGGUCUGAAUUUUAGACAAAGCCCUGGACAAUAUGAUCCUUUCAGCUCUUCCAAAGGAGAAAAGGGAGAGAGAGGAUCUCCUGGAAUAGAUGGAAUUCCUGGACUGCCUGGACGACCGGGGAGAACUGGACCUCCAGGAUCAGCUGGCCAACGGGGCCCUCAAGGAGUCCCAGGUGACAUGGGUCCACCUGGUGUCACUGGUCCAAAGGGACAGCGAGGAGAGAGAGGAGAACCAGGAUAUGUCGUAACGGGCACAGAAGCCAAUUUUGUGCCUGGAAGAAAGGGUGAACCAGGAUCUUCAGGUCCUCAGGGUGCUCCGGGUGUACCAGGCGUUAAUGGAUCUCCAGGUCUGCCUGGCCAGCCAGGACCAACAGGAUCACCAGGGUUAUCCAUUAAGGGAGAUCCUGGGGAGCCUGGAGCUAAAGGUUUACGUGGAAAGCAAGGUUUUAAAGGAGACAAGGGCGAGAAGGGAAAUGAUGGUAUUGCAGGUUUACCCGGUCCGAUUGGCAUCGAGGGAGUGCCAGGGCUACCAGGUCAGAAAGGAGAGAAGGGAGAAGAAGGAAUUGGCAUACAAGGUAUUCCGGGUCCUCGUGGAAUGCAGGGAGAAAAGGGCAAUGUUGGCCUGCUAGGACCAGUGGGCCCAAAGGGUGAACGAGGAGAUCAAGGCAUCCAAGGAGUCUUCGGACCUCGGGGAAAGAAAGGCUUCAAAGGGGAGCAUGGGGACAAAGGAGACAAAGGAGAGAUUGGCUCAGUUGGACAGCAAGGACCAUCUGGACCAAUGGGGCCUUUAGGGUUAAAAGGAGAUGAAGGUCCAAGAGGAGCUCCAGGAGAUCCUGCCAAGGGUAUAAUUGGUCCAACUGGAAAAAAGGGGGCCAGGGGAGACACUGGUCCAGUUGGCCCCACGGGACCUCAGGGACUAAAGGGCAAACAAGGAGACAAAGGAGAAAAGGGAAGUCCUGGAUUUGGGAUUCCUGGACAGAGAGGGCCAAAGGGUGAGAAUGGCGAGAGGGGAAAUGUUGGUUUGUCUGGGAAACCUGGACCAAAGGGUCAUGAUGGCUCCAAAGGCGAAAAUGGGAAUAUUGGAUUACCCGGCAAUCCUGGACAGCCAGGAUUAAGAGGUAAAGAUGGGGAAGCUGGACCUAAAGGAGAACAAGGGAUAAAGGGUGAACAUGGACUGCCUGGAGAGCCUGGGGACAAAGGAAUGAGGGGUCCAUUGGGGUUACCAGGGCGACCAGGGGACACAGGAGACAAAGGAGACAGUGGAAUACCCGGCCUGCCUGGAACUAAUGGAAAGAAAGGCGAAAAGGGAGAGCCAGGAAAACCUGCACCUUUAGGAGCACAAUUUGUUUCCGAUAACAACGUAUUGGCAAGAGUGAUUAAGGGUGAACCAGGAGAGCCUGGUCAGCCUGGUUUAAGAGGAGAAACCGGUCUUCCUGGGCCAAGAGGUCCGGAAGGAAAACCUGGAUUACCUGGUCCACCUUUGGCCAGGUCUGCAAAAGAUGGACUUGAUGGUUUGCCAGGAAAACCGGGACAAAAGGGUGAGCAGGGACCAAAAGGAGAGCCUGGUCUGAGGGGAGAAAAAGGAGACCAGGGCAGGGUUGGGAUUGCUGGGAUGCCUGGUUUACCAGGAACUCCAGGAAGACCUGGUGUGAUGGGAAGAGGGGACUACAGGGAAGAGAUGGAGAAAUGGGGCCAAGGGGGGAUGAUGGCAAAAAGGGAGAUAAGGGAGCGACUGGUGAAAAUGGUAAAGACGGUAGCAAAGGGGAACCAGGACCUCCAGGUUUGCCUGGUAUGAAAGUGCUGGUGACGUCAGAGGGCGGCACUAUUGACGGAAUUCGAGAAGCUUUUCCGAUCCCAAUGGGGCCUCCGGGAGCUCCUGGUGAUAAAGGAGAGGGAGGCAUGAAAGGAGAGAAGG